AAUAAAACAAAUAGAUUCAAUAUUGAGAGGAAUGAGGUUGCAAUGAGGGUAUAAAACUCAUUCAGAUUCACUGUCCACAACAUCCUGACACAGACUUAAAGAUGGAAUUGAUGCUUCUCCUGCUGAUGGUGACAGCAGGUGCUGCAAACCCUCAAGAUCUGUCUGGUAAAAUGUUUACCUUUCCUGAGGAAUCCAACACAGCUAGUGUGAGACUGUUCCCAAGCAGAAAGGAUUUCCAUGCUCUAACUGUCUGUCUCAGGACCAUUACUGACCUCAAAAGGAACCACGGCCUUUUCUCUCUGUCUUCAUCACCAUCUCAUAAUACCUUUCUCAUUUUUAAGCCUGAAUCUGAUGGGAUUGACCUCUAUGUCUUUGAUAAGAAGGCAACACUUGGGGGAGAAGACUACAAAGUGAACACGUGGCACUCAAUAUGUUCUACAUGGGACUCUGUGACUGGCGUGGUGCAGCUGUGGCUGGACAACAAGCCAUCCAUUAGGAAGUAUGUCGGUGGAGCAACAAUCAGAAAUCCUGUUAUCAUCAUAGGACAGGAGCAGGAUGCCCAUGGUGGAGGCUUUGACACCAAGCAGUCUUUCGUUGGCAUGAUGUCUGAUGUCCACAUGUGGGACUACACCCUCUCCGCCUCUGAGAUCCGGGAUUACAUGGAAGACAGAAACCCAACUCCGGGUAAUGCGAUCAACUGGAAGGAGCUGAACUACACACCCAAGGGAAGAGUGCUGAAAGAAGACAAACAACUGGCCUGUUAUAAACAUUGUACAUAGAAACAAAUAUAUAAAUGUCAUACUCCUUACAAGGCUUUUUCUUUUGAGUAUGAAAUUCAAACACCCUGUUAACCUGAACAGUGGCAUCAAUCAGCUCGAUCAGCACAAUUACCUAACUUCUAACCAGCAUCUUAAAUGUGUGUGUUUAAUUUUCUCAUUAAAUCUGCAAAUUGUUAUUUGUAAUUAGAUGACAUUUGUGAUGUGUCCUUUUGUCUGCCAUGUUUGCUGAAACUUGUAUGAUGGUCUUCCUGAAAGUUCAUUAAAAAUGGCACAUGCUGCA